CACUUACAGGUUAUGCAUGCGCGGUUGUCAAGAUUCUUUUUUCGCAUCUUUGUCUUUGUCAUAAGUUACGAGAUGUUACAAAUUUGUCUUUGCUUACGAGAUAUGAGUUCUAUCGGCAGAUGUCGCGAAUAAGACUUUUUUCUCAGGAUUUUAACAUUGCAUUCGAGUAUUUAGAUGAGGAACAUGCGAAUCGUCGCUCAUUAAUAUUGCCGAGAUAAUUUUUAUUGUAUAAAUAUGGUGAAGCUAAUUGUAUCAAAGAUGCAAUGCACAAGAAUUGUAUCCUCACGUUGUUUUUCAGUAAAACCAAAAGCUGUACUUGACGAUGCAACAUCUACUUUAUUCUCUAAUAAUGAGAUUAAAUAUAGACAUCAUCCAGGUAUCAUUAAGCCUAGAACACCAAUGUUUCCAAUAUGGGCUUCAAAGGAGAUACAAACAAUUUUAAAAGAAAAAAGUAUAAACUUGAAGGAAAUUAAUGAAAGCGCAAAAAAGUUAUGUCAAUACUUAACUCAACGCUACCCACCAUUAGAACAGUCUGAGUUACUAACAAAAUUACAGAAAGUAGAGAAACAUUUGAAUGCUAAUAAUCAUGAUGAAAAAAUAUCUGUGGAAGAUAUAGAUUUCAAUAAAAAUGUAAGAGCCAGGAAUAUUUUGAAGCAACAUGUUUAUAACUGGCAACCAAUUAACUUUGAUAAACUUACCUGUCUAACAUAUCUGGUUGCCAAAAGUGUGCAAAAUCAUGCAGUUUCGCAUAAAAUCUUGAAUGAGAUUAAAACACGUGACAAGGAUUUUAGGCCUGAGACAUUCUUUGAUUUUGGCUCUGGAAUUGGUACAAAUACAUGGGCAGCAUCUGAAAUUUGGUCAGAUUCGCUAAAAGAAUACUUUUGCGUCGAAACAUCGGAAUCCAUGAUUGAAUUAUCAGAAAGAUUAGUGAAAGCUGCUAAGCCCAAAAUCAAAGAGAUAUUCUAUCGCCAGUUUUUCCCAGCAUCUAUGAAUCCUACCUACGAUAUUGUAAUGAGUACAUAUUCUUUAUUUGAGUUGCCGAGUCAGCAAUUUCGUCUUGAAACGAUAUUAAAGCUUUGGAAGAAGACAGAAAAAUAUUUAAUCAUUGUAGAAGAAGGAACCAAUGCAGGUUUCACGCUAGUGAAUGAAGCACGAGAUUUCAUCCUCAGAUAUGCAAACUCAAAAUAUAGAAAAGAAUCACAAUUUGUUCAUGUUUUCUCACCUUGCCCACAUGAUUUAAAAUGUCCGCGACGCGCCAUAGAUAAUACUCCAUGCAACUUCAGUGUUUUGUAUCAUCCAUUGCAAUUUCUGGGUGGCAAAGAACACAAAUCGCAAUUAUAUUCCUAUGUCGUGUUAAAGAAAGAUAAACGACCCGAGAAUGACGAGCAGUGGCCAAGGAUUGUGCGACCAGUGCUGAAACGUUCUAAUCACGUAAUCUGUCGCAUGUGUCUCGCUAAUGGUGAACUGAAAGAAGAAAUCUUUACAAAAUACAAAUAUGGAAGGCAUAUAUACCGUUGCGCGAGAAGCAGUCAAUGGGGAGAUAGAUUACCAUUGCAUUAUGAACAAGAGCAAGAAAAUCCAGAAGAGAAUGGCGUAUCUAAUGAAACGACUAUCACUGUAGAAUAAGAAAAUAAAGUUUUGUUAAAUAUAA